ACACACACACACACACCCAGAAUCAAAUGGUACAUCCCUAGAACCUGUCUCCUUCACCAACCUGCAUCUGCAAUAAGACUUCUACCUUUUCACUGUUGACUGACCACCCCCCUUCUCCCUUUACUGGUACAUCCCAGCCCUCCUCCCUCCUCCCAUUGCCCUCCAUCCUUCCUCUCCUCGGCCACACUCUGCCUCUUUCUCCUUGGCGAGAUAGUGAUCCAGCAGCCUCCCUCCUUCGUUCUUCCCUCUGCUCUGAAUCGCAGGCAGCCAAGAGGACCACAGGACCCUGCAAAGAGAAAGAAAAAGAGAGAGAGAUCACAGACAGCAGCGAGAGCAGCAGCAGUGCGGACAGGAAGAUCAGAACUCUGACAGCAAAGGAACAUCCUGACAUCUGACUCACUGAGACAACAGCCAAUUAGAAACAGAACAGAGGGAGAGAGAGCCAUGGAGCAAAACAGAGCAAAACCCAGCAACACCAAGACAGACUCCAAACCCAUCACCAAGGGGCCUGAAAAAACAGCGCAGCCAAGCGCAGCAAAGAAGGAGGAAGCCAGGCCAGCAGAACCAGCCGUCCUCCCCAAGAAACAGCCUUCCCAGCCCCCUGCAGAGCCCAAGCCUGCCCCUGCCCCCACCACCACAGCUCCGGAGAGCUCAAACAAGCCUGGGGUGCCGUCAUCAGAGCCUGACCGCAACGGGGAGCAGAGCGCCGGAGGGGAGGGCGAGGGGGAGGGGGAGAGCCAGCCAGCAGGGGGCAGCGCCUGCGAUACCUUCGAGACCCUCAAACCCUUCCUCCUGGGAGGGGCCGUCAUCGCUGCUGCCGCAGCUUUUAUUCUGGGAGCCGUGCUGCUGGCACGCAAGAAAUGAAGAGGGACAGGUGGCAGCGGAUACUCUCUGUCAAUGUAUAGAAUAACAUGACAAGAGUAUUAAUGAUUAGUGUAAUAUAGAGAAAUGCAUUCGAUAACAUAAACACACACACACACACACACACACAUGCACACACACACACAUGCACGGACAUUGCUGUUGUUGGUUAUUAUGGGGGACCUGCCUUUCAAAGUCAUUUGUGAAAUAAUCUUGUGCAGCAGCAAUCUGCUGUAGACAGGUCCUGCAGUCACUGAUUCCAUCUCUAGAAAUAUGAAUUGGCUACCCAACAAAUCGAUCGAGAAACCCCUUGGUCUGGAUUUCAUGUCGGGCUCGACUGUGUGUACCAUCAACCAUCACGACACGUGGCACACCUUUCAGACAGGCAGGCAGGCAGACAGACAGGUAGACAGACAGACAGGCAGGCAGUCUCUCUCCGCUGUUCAGAAAGACACAGCAAUGACAUCUUCAAAUUUCAAUGCUAAACCAAUGAGAGAGUAAUAAUGUUCUCACGAAUGCACUGGUCUGGCGGACUGACUCGCCCCUCCUGUCUCCUCUGUUAAGGAAUUCGAUUCAGGGUUAAAGUUAGAGUCAGGGUUAGGGGUAGGGUUGAGAUCCAGGUAUUUGUACAUAAAACAAAACAGACCCUGUACAAAAAAAUCCACCCCCACCCCAAAAAAGACAAGACUUCAGCUGGUUCCAAUGUAGAGCGCUGUGCAUCUCCAGUUAGCCAGCUGGAGAGAUCAGAGGGUACUAGUUAGUAAUUAGUAAUGUUUACUCAUGGCUGUGCUAAUGCUACUCGUGCAGUGAAGCUGGUGUCAUUUUGGCUCUAAGGAAGGGUCUGUACUGUGUGCUAAACUAUGGUGGACAUUUAGACAUAGUUGCAUCAUCUUCACUGCUCUGAAAGCAUUGGGAUUGGAGGGAACUGGUUCCCUAAAGAUAACAAGAUUCUGGGGUUCACAACACCCCUAAAUUAUUACCCCUGACCUAUAACCAUAGACUUGAGGCCACUGUGUCACGAGGACGAAUCAAAUCAUAACAUCUCUCGAAUCAGCCAUGAGAACUGGAUCGCCUUGAGUGUGUGUGUGUCCAGGGUGGUCCCGCCCCCUUUUCAAAACCCCUGUCCAAUAACGCGCUCCCUGUUCAUCCUGGCACUGCAUGGUUUUGUCCCACCCCUCACUCUCCUUUUCAUUCCUAAUAAUAAUAAUAAUAAUAAUAAUAAUAAUAAUAAUAAUAGUAAAGGAUCAUACAAAAUAAAAAGAAGCGUAUAUAUGCAAUAAAGCAAGUAGGAAACAACCUUAGAUGAUAAAUAUUAGUGAUAUCUUAUAGUUCUGUAGCUCACACCAAGACCAUGAAUGUUAUUCAUUUUUAUUUAAAUGAAUGAAUGAGUGAAUCUGCAAACAUUAGCUACUGCUCUUUGAUCGUUGUGUUAGUUCCCAUAGUGUUGGAUGUAUUGUCUUCAUGGAAACUGGAUUUCCAGUGACACACUUGUGAGGUACUGUAAUAUCUUCCAGAGGGCACUGAGUUUACAGACAGCUAGCAGUCUAUAACCAGACAUGACGUCAAUACGCUGUCAGAAAUGAACUCCAUCUCGGAUUUGACACUAAAACUAGAAGGAAGUUGGGGGUACAAACGCAGGGCUAACCCAACCCUGGUCCUGGGACACCGUUUGUGUGUGCCUGUGGUUGUCAUCCCAACUAAACUCUCAAUUACUCAACUAGACCCUUCAUUGAGCUGAUAAUCUCCUUAAUUAGACUUGUUUAAUUGUUUUCAGCUCUUAAACAGUUGCAGAUUUCAGGUUAGCUGUAAUAUUGUAUAGGUUGGGAUGCCCUGGGCUAGUGCCUUGACCAGUGUCCUGACCGUACACUCUAGAUGGGUCAAAGUGGGUCUCUUCAUUAACACCUCCUGUCAAACUGCUGCUGUUGAUGUAUUCCUUUAUGUAAUCAAAACGUGUGGUAUUCAGAAAUUAGCAAGCAAUAUUCAGAAACUUUUCAAGGGCUGUUUCAAAUUAUGAACUCGAUUUUUCGAUUGGUGAAAUCCUUUAGAACUUGUUUAACUUUUCAUUGCUGUUUAACCCAAGACAACAGUCUUUAUAAACAGUCCUUACACAAGGAAUUCCUUAAAACAGUUUUUAGGAAUAAAACUCAAACACAUAACUGCGUUCCACUCGUUAAAACUGGACGGGAACUUCUAGUUUGAACUUCUUGACCAGAGUGACGACAACAGGCCUCAUUGUACUUUUUAAUCUUCAGUAUUUCUCAAAACCUCACACACACCUCAACCCUGGCUCUGCUCCGAAGAGAUAUUAGCAUUGACCUGCAUUGUACAGAAUGAAACUUCAGCAUUUCUCGUUACUGUGAUUCUGUCUGGGAGCGUCUGCUCCUUUUCUCCUGUCUUCGCAACAGAUAGCAGGGAGCAGCAGCGCUGGCCUCACCCUAGAGAGACCCUGCAUUCCUUUAUCAAAGUUCUCCACAGUAAAUUUGCACUGUAAGUUUGCAGGUCCCCUGUGAUUUUUCCGAUGGCUAUAGUAUGCAUUAACCAUAGUUUGUCAUGCUUUCUUUAAAAUAUGCUUUACCAUACCUAUCUGUGCUUUGCAAUGCAUAGCUAUGCUUUAACUGUGCUUUAUUACACUUGCUGUGCUUUUACUAUGGGAAGCAUUUCUAAGCGAGGCACAAUGCUCUGUACACACUGUGACAUGCUGGUGGCUGUCUGUCUGUCUGCGUGUGUGUGUUGCUUAUUUACUCUGUGUGUUCAUGACGUGUUCCUUACUGCCCUACGUGAUUUGUCACUGAGGCAUGUGAAAUAAACACAUUUAUUCCCA